UGCGCGAUCGUGGACUACGAGUUUCCGUCGAGACGGCGCGUUUCCUAACCUCAAGCAACGUCGCUUUAAUUAUUUCAACAACUGCAUGAUUUUGUAAUUGCGACCUUUGUGCCUCGUAAACGUCAAAAUGUCGUAUAUGCUGUCGCAUUUGGAAAACGGCUAUCAAGUCGAUCAAGCCAUUCUAUCGGAAGAGGACAGAGUCGUGGUGAUUCGCUUCGGGCACGAUUGGGACCCGAUGUGUAUGAAGAUGGACGAAGUUCUCUACAAUAUCGCGGAGAAAGUCAAGAACUUUGCCGUUAUUUACUUGGUGGAUAUCACAAAAGUGCCAGACUUCAAUAAGAUGUACGAGCUGUACGACCCGUGCACAGUAAUGUUCUUCUUCAGGAACAAGCACAUCAUGAUAGAUUUAGGUACCGGAAACAAUAACAAGAUAAAUUGGACUUUGGAGGACAAGCAGGAAAUGAUUGACAUCAUUGAGACUGUUUACAGAGGUGCGAGGAAAGGUCGAGGUUUAGUCGUUUCGCCUAAGGAUUACUCUACCAAAUAUCGAUAUUAAUUUAUUCACGAGAUACCUGAAUGUUCUUGUAUUUUGAAAAAGGCUAUUGAUGCUGUAUUUAUUUCAUGGCGAGACAUCGCGUGGAAUAAUUUGGAUGUAUCUGAUUUCGAAUGGACAAUGUAUUAUGAGCUCUGUUGUAAUUGAUAUUGCGCUUAUCCUAAAAAUAAAUUAAGUAUAUAAGGUA